GAUGUAGGCCAUAUUCGCGUUGUGUGCAAUGCAGUUUUUGAACGCUUGCAGUCAAAUGAAAAUAAUGACAUUUCGUUGCAACAUACAUACAUACAUACUCGUAAAAGGAAUUGAAAAACUGGUAUAUAAAAGACGCCAAUGAACAAGACAGAGCGUAAAAAAGAGAGAGCCUGCUGCGCGCCCGUAGUGCGGUGUCUUUUCUAGUUCCUAUAACUAGACCGAGAAUCAAACACUUGCCGUACGUUUGCGUUUAUUAUUUAUUUCCUUGCGCCGGCAAAAAUAUAUUUACAAAACAAAUUCGUGUUUCGUGAUGUCACAACAACACCCUCAUCAUCAUCAUCUUCACUAUCAGCAACAGCAGCAGCAGCAGUUACACCAACAACAGCAACAACAACAUCAUCAGCAACAUGAACACCUUGCGCAUCAGCAAAACCAUCACAAAUUACAGCAACAGCAGCAGCAUCACCACCAGCAACAACAACAGCAGCAGCAGCAGCAGCAGCAACAUAAACAAAUGCAGAAUUGGUAUUCACAUGUUGCUUCCUACCAGCCGCCCCCGCCGCCGCACGCAGCUGCCUUUUCGGCGCCCUGUAAGAGCAACAUGAACAUGAGCACAUACGGCGCGGCCGCAGCUGCGGCCAGUCACCCGUAUUAUGGCCCCGUGGGGGGUGGGGCAGGUGGGGUUGUCGGUGGCAUGGGCGUCAAUGUCAAUGCUGGUAUGCCCUAUAACCUUGAGGCGAAUUCUGCAAAUUCCGUUGCCUAUGCACACAAUCAACUGCUACAAUAUCAACAACAACAACAACAGCAGCAGCAACAACAACAACAGUUACAGCAGCCUCAACAGCAGCAACAACAACAACAGCAUAGUCAACGCGCCUAUAUGCCGCACGGUCUUAUGCAUGGACCAGCUCCAUAUCCCUAUAUCAAAAGCGAACCCAUGGAAUUGUCCGAUGAAAGACAACGCCAACAACAACAACACCAGCAGCAGCAACAACAACAACAACAUUUCCAGCCCCCGAAUCCGAUGGCGCCGCCACCAGCACCAGCGCCAGCGCCCAUCAAUCGCUUGGAUGCCAGUAGCAAUGAAUUGAUAAUAAAAUCGGAACCCGUUGACGAACAUGCCUACAAGUCCAACUAUAUAGAUGAUAAUGCGCCCUUUGCUGAUUUCAGCAAGUUUCCUGAAUUCAAUCAGGACAUGUUGAGCCCCAAGGUGGAGCUGACGGUAAAGGAUGACUCAUUUGGCGGUGCCAGUCAAAAGAUGCAGCUGCAGCAGCAGCAGCAGCAGGCGCUCAACUUUCCACGUCGAAAAAUGCAAGUGGAGCGCUCGGACAGUCUGCCCAUUUGCCAACGCUGCAAGGAGGUGUUCUUCAAGAAGCAAACCUAUAUACGACAUGUGGCCGAAAGCAGUUGCAGCAUACACGAGUAUGACUUCAAAUGUGAUAUGUGCCCCAUGUCCUUCAUGAGUGCCGAGGAGCUGCAGAAACACAAGCAAUUGCAUCGCACAGACAAGUUCUUCUGUCACAAAUAUUGCGGCAAGCAUUACGACACAAUAGCCGAGUGCGAGUCGCACGAGUACAUGCAGCAUGAGUACGAAAGCUUUCUUUGCAAUAUGUGCUCUGGCACUUUUGCUACACGCGAGCAGCUCUACGCACACCUGCCACAACACAAAUUCCAGCCGCGCUUCGAUUGCCCAGUUUGUCGUUUGUGGUACCAAACACCAAUGGAGCUGCAUGAGCAUCGUCUGGCCUCCCCUUAUUUCUGUGGCAAAUAUUAUGCCGGAUUGGGGAAUAGUACGAGUGCCGCCACUACUCAGCAGCAGCAACAGCAGCCACAACAGCCACAACAGCAGCAACAACAACAGCCAAACUAUAAGCUCCAGGACUGUCAUAUGGGCACCAUUGAAAUGCCCACAUCGCAUCAGAAGUCCAGCAGUGCUCUGCCCGCAACAGCGGCGCUCAAUUCCUUGCUGCAACAGCGUCAGGUUAACGCAGACAGCGCAGCGCUCUUCGCUUCCACAAUGAAAACAGAUAUAAAGCUGGAACGUAGUUACAGCAAUUCCACCAGCGAGUCAUCCUUCAGUCUUCACGAUAGCAACUAUAACAAUGCCUUUGGAAGUGACACAUCGUUGCAUGGCAAUAACAUUGCUCCACAAACCCAAUCGGCCCACUCGUCCACUCUUGAUGAAUCGGAGGAUGCACUGUGCUGUGUACCGCUUUGUGGCGUGCGAAAGAGCACCAGCCCGACACUGCAGUUCUUCACGUUUCCGAAGGACGAGAAGUAUCUGCAUCAGUGGCUGCACAAUCUGAAGAUGUUUCACAUUCCAGCCGCCACGUAUCUCACCUAUCGAAUAUGCAGUAUGCAUUUUCCGAAGCGAUGCAUCAAUCGCUAUUCGCUGUGCUAUUGGGCGGUGCCCACAUUUAAUCUUGGCCAUGACGAUGUCGCCAAUUUGUAUCAGAAUCGGGAGCUGACAAACACCUUUACAUCGGGCGAAGUGGCACGUUGCAGCAUGCCUAAUUGCAACAGUCAGCGCGGUGAAAGCAAUUUGAAGUUCUACAAUUUUCCCAAGGACAUCAAGAGCCUGAUCAAGUGGUGCCAGAAUGCGCGCCUGCCUGUGCAGGCCAAGGAGCCGCGACACUUCUGCAGUCGCCAUUUUGAAGAGCGUUGUAUUGGAAAGUUUCGGUUAAAGCCCUGGGCUGUGCCCACAUUGCAUUUGGGAACUCAGUAUGGAAAGAUUCACGACAAUCCCAAAAAUCUGUAUACGGAGGAGAAACGCUGCUGUCUAAACUUUUGUCGCCGCAGUCGCUCUUCAGACUUUAACAUGUCCCUCUAUCGUUUUCCACGCGAUGAGGUGCUACUGCGGCGCUGGUGCUAUAAUCUGCGGCUAGAUCCAAGCGUAUAUCGAGGAAAGAAUCACAAAAUAUGCAGUGCACACUUCAUUAAGGAGGCAUUGGGUCUACGAAAACUGUCUCCAGGUGCUGUGCCGACACUGCAUUUGGGUCACAAUGACACCUUCAACAUUUACGAGAAUGAGUUGUGGCCUCCGCCUACACCGACAACGCCCGUCAACCACCAUCAUCAAAAUCUACAUUCUCAUCCGCAUCAUUUAUCUAAGAGCUAUCAGCGCCAUUCCGCUGCCUCCACCUCGUCCUCGGCCAGUUCCACUUCCAUGUAUGUUGAUCCAGAUCUGAAUGCUUCCUUUAUGAGUAUGUCUGCCGGCGGUGCCGGCUCGUCUUCCUCACUCAAUGUUACCGAAUGCAUGGAUGUGUGUUGUGUGCCCCAUUGUGAGAGCAAACGGCAUAACAACGAAGACAUCACAUUCCACACCAUACCGCGCCGACCGGAGCAAAUGCGAAAGUGGUGCCACAAUCUCAAGAUACCCGAGCACAAAAUGCACAAGGGAAUGCGAAUUUGUAGUCUUCAUUUCGAGCCCUAUUGCAUUGGCGGCUGUAUGCGUCCCUUCGCUGUGCCCACCCUGCAUUUGGGGCACGAUGACGAGGACAUACAUCGUAAUCCGGAUGUGAUUAAGAAGCUCAAUAUCCGAGAGACGUGUUGUGUGCAAGUCUGUAAACGCAAUCGUGAUCGCGAUCAUGCCAAUUUACAUCGUUUUCCCUCCAAUGUGGCGUUGCUGACUAAAUGGUGCGCCAAUUUGCAUAAACCAGUGCCGGAUGGCACAAAACUCUUCAAUGAUGCCAUCUGCGAAGUGCAUUUUGAGGACCGCUGUUUGCGCAACAAGCGCUUAGAGAAAUGGGCUGUGCCUACUUUGGUCUUGGGUCAUGAUGAUAUACCCUAUAAGCUGCCGACGGAAGCGGAAGUUGCCGAGUUCUUUGCACGGCCGAGUGCGCCGAAUACAGGCGAUGAGGAGGGCGAAUGUUGUGUGGAAACUUGCAAGCGUAAUCCCAAUGUGGAUGACAUCAAGCUCUAUAGACCACCCGAGGAAGCAGACCUGCUGGCCAAGUGGGCGCACAAUUUGCAAAUAGAUGUGGAGCAGCUGCCUAAUCUGCGCAUUUGCAAUCUGCACUUUGAGUCGCACUGCAUUGGCAAACGCAUGCGUCCCUGGGCCAUACCUACAUUGAAUCUGGCAAGCAAUAUUGAGAAUCUCUACGAGAAUCCAGAACAUACUUUACUUUAUAAGCGGAAGGGAAGACGCCCGCACUCUGACGUUACGGCGGGAAAUGCCAGCAAGCCCACCUGGGUGCCUCGUUGCUGUUUGCCGCACUGCCGUAAAGUGCGUGCGAUCCACAAUGUGCAACUAUAUCGCUUCCCCAAGUUCAACCGUUCUACGUUGGCUAAAUGGGCGCAUAAUUUGCAAGUGCCGCCCCUCGGCAGUGCUCAGAGACGUCUCUGCUCAUCGCAUUUUGAGCCGCAUGUGCUUAGUAAAAAGUGUCCCAUACCACUGGCUGUGCCUACGUUGGACUUGAACACACCACCCGGGUAUAAAAUAUAUCAGAACCCGGCCAAAUUGAAGGCCAAUAAACUGUGUCUGCAGCGUGUUUGUAUUGUGGAGAGCUGUCGGCGUCAGCGGGCUCAUGGAGUUCAGCUCUUUCGCUUUCCGCACAGUUACACGCAGGUCCGUAAAUGGCUUCACAACAUCAAGCAAAGACCGAAGGGUGCUCAAUUGCGUGCCCAAUUGCGAAUUUGCUCCAUGCACUUCGAAUCGCAUUCGUUUAAUGGCAAGCGGCUGAGUGCUGGCGCUAUUCCUACGCUGGAGCUGGGGCAUAACGAUGAGGACAUCUUUCCCAAUGAAGCACAGUCCUUUGUCGAGGAACACUGUGCGGUCGAAGGCUGCAAUGCAUCUAAGGAACAACCCGAAGUUCGACUGUUCCGUUUCCCCACCGAAGAUGAGGAUCUAUUGUGGAAAUGGUGCAACAAUCUUAAAAUGAACCCAGUGGAUUGUGUCGGUGUUCGCAUUUGUAAUAAGCAUUUCGAGGUCGAUUGCUUUGGACCCAAGCAUCUGUUCAAAUGGGCCAUACCCACAUUGGAACUGGGACAUGAUGAUGCGCAAAUAGAGCUAAUACCCAACCCGAAACCCGAAGACCGUUAUGUAGAUCCCAUAUUCAAGUGUUGUGUUCCCACCUGUGGCAAAACGCGCAAGUUCGACGAAGUGCAAAUGAAUAGCUUUCCCAAAGAUGAGGCGCUCUUUGAGCGCUGGCGGCACAAUUUGCGUCUGGAACAUCUCAAUUUUAAGGAACGCGAACGCUAUAAAAUAUGCAAUGCCCAUUUCGAGGAUAUAUGUAUAGGGAAGACGCGUCUCAACAUUGGAUCCAUACCCACAUUAAACUUGGGUCAUGACGAAACAGAGGAUCUCUAUCAGGUUAAUCCCGAGGAGCUGCAGAGCAAUCUCUUUGGUAGGCAACGAAGACUGCUGGAUCCCACAUCGUCCCACUCGUUGCCGAAAAUAAAACAAGAACCAAUCGAUGCCGACGCAGUGACCAUGUCCGAGGCGACUGAUUUGAACACCACCCAAGUGAAGAUCAAAAAAUCGCUUGGCGAGCUUAAAUGUUGUGUGCAGAGUUGCGGUCGCAGUCGUUUGGAGCAUGGAGCGCGUUUAUAUCCAUUACCCAUGAGUAAACAACAGAGAAUGAAAUGGUUAAACAAUUUAUCGCUGGAUGAAGAGGAGGUGGACCGAAGGACACGUGUUUGUCAUAUACACUUCAAUAAGCGUUGUUUCGAAGGCAAAAAUCUGCGUGGCUGGGCUAUGCCCACAUUGCACCUAGAUGAAGUCGAGCGCGAGCAACCCAUCUACGAGAAUCCCAAAAAUAUACCAGGGUUCUUUACGCCAACUUGUGCUUUGGUGCAUUGUCGCAAGCGCCGGAGUAUCGACAACGCUUUGCGAACCUAUCGCUAUCCCAGAAAUGAGGAACUCCUAGAGAAAUGGUGUGCCAAUCUAAGACUGGAUCCAGCAGAAUGUCGUGGACGCAUAUGUGUGGAUCACUUUGAGCCGCUGGUACGUGGCAAACUGAAGCUGAAAACGGGCGCAGUGCCAACACUGAAAUUGGGACAUGACUUUGGGGUGGUCUACGAUAAUGAGGCCAUCAUAAGGGCCAUGGAAAAUACAGGCGAAAUCGAUCCUGAGGCAGAGGAGAGCUGGUAUGGCAUGGGAGAGGGGCACGUCAAAAGGGAAUUGGAGGAUGUGGAAGAGCAGCAACAAAGCGAGAAGGAAGAAGACUAUGAUCACGACUUCUACGAUCCCAUGCAACUGGUGGAAACCUAUGCCGAAGAGCGCAGCAGUGAAUCGGAGUCAGAACAUGUCCUACCCGACGAUAAUGUUGAGGCGAUCGUCAACAAUAUGCCUAACAGAUUUCCGGAGCAUGACUUUGAGGAAGAUGAUGCUGAUGUUGAUCACGACAUUGGUAGAGCCAUACAUACUACACCAAUGAAGCGCGUGAAUAAUGUCACACCCAUUUGUUGUCUCCAACACUGUCGCAAGGAGCGCACGGCCCAGCAUCUCAUUAGUACCUACAGAUUCCCCACGCAAAGGGACGUUCUACUCAAGUGGUGUGCCAAUUUGAAACUGAAACCCAAAGAUUGCGUCGGACGCGUAUGCAUGGAUCACUUCGACCCCGAAGUAAUGGGCAGUCGUAAGUUAAAAAGAAAUGCCGUACCCACGCUGAAUGUUGGUCACGAUUCUCCCCUGCCCUAUACUCAUACUGGCGAAGAUUUGCGGCUAACGCAACCUUCGGUUUUUCGGCUUUGGAGCCUGAAACAUCGACGCAAACGCAAGGAGAGUGAGGUCAACAGCAAUACGUGUUGUGUGAGUGAAUGCCAAAAGACUGGCGACGUCGAUGGCGUGCGUUUGCUGCGUUUCCCAGAGUCUGGAACCCUCAGAUAUAAAUGGUUGCAUAAUCUAGAAUUAAUUGGCCAAGACUUUUCCCCUGAGUUUCGUGUAUGCGAAGAGCAUUUUGAGGCGAAGUGCUGGAGCGAUGAUAAACAAACGUUGCUACCAAAUGCGUUACCUACCCUCAACUUGGGCCAUACCAGUCAUACGCUCUAUUUAAAUAAUAAUUUGCUACAGCCGCACAUUUGUUGCUUGGCUCCAAACUGUCAUUGGGCAGAGCACGAGGACGAACUUCUUCAGUUGCCAACUGAUGCCACCGUACGAACCGCUUGGCUGCAGAAACUUCAGCAUAGGCCCGUGGGAGAAGAAAAGGUGCACAUUUGCUUCAGUCAUUUCGUACAGUUAUAUGAACAAAUCAAAUUGUCCGACAAAAUACCGGAGAGUGUACAGAGUGAGCUAAAGAAGUCCUAUGACCGCAUAUUAUCCCUUGAAAUCGCACAAAAGUUGCGCUGUGCUGUUCCCGGCUGUAAAUACACCGAACAAAGGCACUUGUAUCGCCUGCCCAUUUGUGAGAAGACACGCGCCAAAUGGCUGCAUAACACCAAGAUUCCAUUUGUGCCCGAGAGAGAGUCUCUAUAUCGCAUUUGCGAAGCGCACUUCGAUCCACAAUUUCUGAAUGGUGGGUCUCUCAAGCCAUGGCCAUUGCCAACACUGAACUUGAACCACGAAGAUGUGAUAUUUAUGAAUGAGAGACCACCGACAGCAGUGGCCGCGAAGCUGGACUUCAAAGCAAGACCAAAAGCAAUAUCAACAACUGCGGUGGCAGGGAAUGUGCGCCGUGUAUGCAGCCUACCCAACUGCAUUCAGCGCGAAAGCCGCAGCAGAUCAACGUAUCCCUUCCCAGAAGAUGAGCUUCUGCGUCUAAAAUGGCUCAUAAACACACGACUAGGCGGUCAUGAUGUGCAGAAACUGUUUGUGUGCGAUGAACACUUUGAGCCACAAGCAUUAAACUCUGAAGGCUAUUUGCGGGCAGACGCAUUGCCGACUUUAAAUCUUGGACAUCACUCUCAUAUCCCCAGCGGUACGCAUGAUGAGCAGGGUGAGAAAAUAGACCUGGCCUACAUUCGUGCUAACUAUUGCUCGGUGUUGACAUGCCUGCAACGUUUUCGAGGGAAUCGAUAUUGCUAUCCCACAGAACUGGAGGUAGCCAUUAAGUGGGCCCGAAAUUGUAAACAUAAUAGUAGGAAAGCCAUUCUACAAGGAUUUGGUGUGUGUGGCAAGCAUUUUGAGAAAGAUUGUAUCAUAAAGCCUGGUAAACUGGUGGAGGGUUCGGUGCCGACGUUGAGACUGGAAUUGGAGGACAAACAAUCAAACAAUCCGCAAGUGAGGUGUGCUAUAAGCUCCUGUGUGGAGACUCGAGGCUUCGGGGUGCGGCGUUAUUAUAAAUUCCCAAGUGACGUGCAAACUUUAGGUGAUUGGUGCCGUAAUCUCAAUUUGCCGCUUGGACUAGUUAAGGACCAAUUUCUGCAUUUGUGUGAGCGACACUUUGAGAAGCGCUGCUUUGAUGACAGACGAUAUCUAUUUAAAGGAUCACUGCCAACCCUAAAGCUGGAACACAAUGAGCCAUCAAACUUAUUGCUCAAUCCCGACAAUAUCCAUGCAUCCGACUCACUAAACGCGGAACAUUCUCCGGCGUGUUGUGUGACAGGCUGUGGCAAAACGGAAGCGAAGGAUAACGUGAUUCUAACUCCGAUUCCUCAGACCUUUUAUGGCAAAUUUUGGUUGCAUAAUUUGCAGAUGGCCCUUCAACCAGAGCAGCUGUCCGCCGCCAGAGUUUGCAGUGAACAUUUUCACACGAAUUGUUUUAAGAACGGAGUUUUAAUCAAGGGAGCCAUACCCACGCUGAGUUUGGGAUAUGAGUCCAUGCACGACAUAUAUCAGUCCAGCUUGCCACAGUUCGGGCGCAAGCAAAAGGUAAAGUUCUUCCAAUUAAGACAGCGAUGGACUUCGCAUAUGAUUUUUGGCCCCGAGACGAUCCAAAUACGUGCAUGUUGCUUGAAAAAAUGUGGAAACUGUGCAACUUAUUCACUUCCAGCGGCGCCGGAAUUGCGCGAAGCAUGGUGCAAGGAAUUGGAAUUGAAUGCGGCUGAGGAUCAAUUGGAGAAACUCAGGUUAUGUCCAUUGCAUUUUGUGCUGCUUUAUGAGAAGAGCGAGUUGGAAUUUAAGGAAGAGCUGAGCAAGUGCGAUGAAGAACAAUUGGGAAUACUUAAGACCAUCUACGAAAAGGCGCAAAAUCAUGUGAUCUUGCGAAUGUCUCAGUGCUCAGUAUUCACUUGCAAAGCAAUACGCCAGCGAGACUGUUGUAAUCUAUUUCCAUUGCCUGAUGGCAGCGAGGUGGAUAAAUGGCUUCACAAUACACAAAUCGAUUGCCCGGUAUAUGAACGUUACUUGGUAAGCGUGUGCGAGAAACAUUUUGAGCCAUUUUGCCUCAUAAAUGCAGGAAGAUUUGCUUCCCUACACCCCUGGGCUAUACCUACGCUAAAUUUGCCCCCACAAGCGGAAGGUGUAAACAAUUAUGACAAUCCCCCCGAGAAAGAACAAGAGUCCAAGGAAAUUCAAUCGAAAAGUACUGAAGAAGGGGACCAGUUCGACGGUGCCAAUAACAUUCAAGAGCAAUACGAUGAUGAUAUAAAUACGGACGAUGAUCAUUUAAGUCACGAUGAUGAAAGCAAUAGCUUUUCUCCGGAAGAGCAUUACAGCGACACCAAAGAUAAUGCCAGAAUGGAACCCGUUGUCGUAAUGGAGCACAUGAACGAAUCGGAAACAGAAGACAAUGCAUUAGAAGUAAAGCUGGAGAAGUUGGAUAGACAGGACGAGGACUGCCAUUUCCCGUGGGAGGACACCGAUCCCUACCAGCCAUACGAACCGGAAAACUCAAGUCAAAUGAGCGAUGGGGAAGACGUCUUGCCCCACGAUGCCGAUAACUCGAACAUGCUGUCAUAUGAAUACAAUGAUUCGACGCAAAUGAGCGAUAAUGAGCAUUUGCUGCCCCACGAUUACGAACAUUCCAGUCAUAUGAGCGCUUCUGGCGGGGAUUUGAACAGCAACAGCUAUGAGACAAAUCAGGGUAGGCAAGGCUUGGAAGAUGACACAAACUCACAGCCCAUGGAAAUGCAAGCGUUGGAAGUGCUACUCGAGGUGGGCCAUGUCGAGAAAUGUACCAGCUAUGAGCAGUUGGACAAUGGAGCUCACUCAACCACCCAUAUGAGCGAACACACAUUGGCCGUUGAUCGCCCCCACCACUACCCAGAGCCGCAGCUCUAUGCUAGAAGUAGCAAUAAUACCUACAAUGCUCGUCGCUGUUGUGUGCAUGGCUGCGACAUCACCGUGCGCGACACCGAGGUGAAGCUACACAAAUUCCCCCAAUCGCAGGACCUGUUGCGUAAAUGGAUGUACAACACUCAGGUGCGAGUAAAUACGAAAUACUCCUGGCGCUAUCGCAUAUGUAGCUACCACUUCGAGCCCGAAUGCUUUAAUGGCUAUCGUUUUCGAUUGGGCACGAUGCCGACAUUGCAUUUGGGUCCGCAUAGACCUCCAAACAUAUUCCAGAAUGACUUCGGCAUCACGAGGUCGGUAAAGGGCAACUCAUCCGUGCUGUUAGAGCAGGAGCUGCUCGAGCAGGAACAACAGUUGGACACUAAUUUGGACUACGAGAGUGAGCCGGAGGCCUCUUCCUCUGUGGCAGCUGCGUAUCCACCACGAAAGUCCAGCAAGUACUGCCAGGUUGAGGGUUGCUACAACCAUUUGACCAGUGAAAACAUCACCCUUCACAAAUUUCCCACCUCCCGGGAACUGCGACACCGUUGGAUGCACAAUACACAGGUGGCUUUCGACUCCGAGCAUCCAUGGCGUCAUCGCAUUUGCAGCGCACACUUCCCAUCGUUUUGCCUGAUGAACUCACGGGUGUUGCACGGCAGUGUGCCGACCCUGAAUCUGGGCCCCAAUGCUCCCGCCAAUCUCUAUGAUAAUACCCUACAAACCCUCAACAUGCGUCAAGAGAAGGAGAAACGAUUGAUGCAGAAAAGGCAACCGGCACACGAGUGGGUUAGGCAGACAUCUUUCGAUGACCAGGAAAUGGAAUACGAUGAUAAUGAGGAGUUCUACGAUAACAGCCGACAGUCCUACAAUGCGCGUUCAGAUAAAGAAAAACGACUGAUGCAGAAUAGGCAGACACUCGAUCACAAUAAUAUGGAAAUGGACUACGAUGAGGACGAUGAUGAUAUUGAGGAACUUGAGGAAGAGGAUGAUGACGAUGAUAUGCAGUUGUUGGUACCGGAGUUGCAGCUUCAUGUAAUGGAAAACAAUGAGAUUAACAAUGGCAAGUCGGCGAACAGCGAGAGCCACAACGACGACCACCACUGGAAGUCAAGACAACAGAAACCACAGACUUCUAGUAUGAAAAUCAAACAUGAAUCGCAGUCCGAUCAGCCACGGACAGGCAUAAUUUAUAACGAAAUCAAAUCCGGCUACGACAAAUGCUCACUUAUCCACUGCCAGAAGCAACGCUCGCAACAUGGUGUGCACAUCUACAAGUUCCCCAAGUCCAAGCAGCAGCAACAGCGCUGGGAGCAUAAUUUGCGGAUUCGCUUCGACGAGCAACGUCCCUGGAAAUACUUAGUAUGCAGUGAGCACUUCGAGCCCCAAUGCAUUCGCCUGCGCAAGCUUAGGAAGUGGGCUGUGCCCACUCUGAAUCGUGGCUCGAACGUGCCGGACGAUCUAUUUACCAAUGAACAGUGUCAGGACAUGAGUACGCCCUCCAGCGGCACGGAGGAUAACAGCGAUCAGGAUGAUCAGGAGGAUGUGAAGGAGACACAGAAAUCAGUGAUGAAGAAACUGGAGGAGCAGUCGGCUCAGCAGCUAAACGAUAGCCGCGAUCCAAUGGAGCUGCCUUCCAUUGGCCAGAACAUCAGCAAACUGCCACCCUACAAAAUCAAGAUGUGCUGUCUCCCCUAUUGUCGUACACCCCGCGGCGACGGCCUUAAACUCUUCCGACUGCCAGUCAACAGUGCCACCAUGCGCAAAUGGGAGCAGGCAACGGGCAUGAAGUUCAAGGAGUCGCAGCGCAAUACGAAACUCAUCUGCAGUCGGCACUUCGAGCCGGAAUUAAUCGGAGUGCGACGACUGGCGCGCGGCGCCAUUCCGACUCUACAUCUGGGACCGGGAUCGGGGAAGCAACAAAGUACAUCGACGCAGUCGGAGCAAAAUCGGCGUGAGCAUCAAAUGAUAAAUGCCGAGGCGAACAAAAUUAAACCCAGAUGUUGCAUGGCCGACUGCAGGCAGGGCCCGCAUGUCAGAUUGUAUAAAUUUCCCCAGGAUUCCACGAUGCUGCGUCAGUGGUGCGAAGCCCUAAAGCUGUCGGAUGUGCCACGAUAUCGGGGCAAAUUUAUAUGUGCAGGUCACUUGCCGGCCCGGGCUCAGAGCUGCGUUGUCUGCGGGGUGGACAAUGUGAAGCUGCCGCUUCUUGAUUUCCCGGAGAACCGCAAUUUGCGCACCAAGUGGUGCUACAAUUUGAAAAUCGGACCCGUCGCCAAAUGGGAUAAUACACAUCACAUAUGCUCGAAGCACUUCGAGGACUAUUGCUUUUCCCCGAUGGGCGGAUUGCUGCCGGAAGCGACGCCCACCUUGCAUCUGAAGCACAGCGAUCAGGACAUAUUCCACAAUGAGCAGUUGAGGAGAGGAAAAACAGACACCACCAAUAUGAUGCGCAUUAAGGAUGAGCCCAUGGACAGUGAUGAGACGCUGCUUCUGUAGCACCAAUUAACAACAAUUAAUUUUAACAUUAGUUCUAGAGUAUCAGUUUUUUACACAUUGUACCAUGUUGCCAUGUUAUGACCCAAUGUGUGGCAGCCACAAGAAGUCUUCUUUAAGUUAUAGUGUACAAUUAUUAGAAACAUAAUAUGCUAAUUUGCAUAUAUAAUAACCAGCCAGUGAUUUUAAUAUGUUAGUUUACUGAUCAAUGAUUAUAAAUAUGGAAUCGAGCAAAAAUAAUGAAACUGCAAAAAACCAUGCACACAAAUGUUCCUUAUGUGACUUUGUUUAUUGAAAAAAGUGUGAAAAAAACUCUCCGUUUGUUUUAAGCAUGUAAUACCUAUUGAGCAUAUACAUACAUACAUAUAUAUACCUAUAUGUAGAUCUAUGUAGAAUACCCAAAAACAUCACAUACAGAUCACACCAUACUUGGUGUGUUUUCUGAGAAAAUAAAUGAAU